AUGCCCCGUCCACCCCCCUCCUUCUCAAACUCCCUCCUCCCAAGCCAACGCACCAUGACCCCCGCCGACGCCCGCCGCUUCGCCGCCAGCGUAGACGAUGCCGUGGCCCUCUUCAACCAAGAAGCAUCCGCCCCCGCCCUCGCGGCCGCACACGACCCCCCCACCUCCAACUUCACAAGCAUCUUCAACACGCCCACCCCCCCACCCCCCGCAAGCCUCUUCUCCCCCAACAUCUCCCCCACCGACACCUCCCUCCUCGACCGCCCCACCAUGGCCGACAGACGCACCGCCGGCCGUACACGCUUCGCCGCCAACGGGCUUGGUGCCCUCCCUGCAGACACCACGAGUGACCUCCUCCGCCCCCGCUACAUCGACCGUGAGUCUACCAACGCUGCUGCUGACAACAUCGCGCGCAACGACGGCAUCAUGACCACCGCCUUGGAGGACACUGAGAUGGCCGAAGGCGAGAGCCCGAACGACGACGACGACGAGGACUCCAGCGAGAACGAAAGCGGCAGCGAGGACGACGGCGAGAACAUGAUCACCGAGCAGGACUGGGUGGAGAGGCGCCAGGCCGUGAACCUGGAGCGGAUCCGCGCGAGGCUGCCGCUGGUGGCCGGCAAUGAGGAGCUUGAUAGCGAUGAGGUCCUCAGGGCUCUGGAGGCAAGGGUUUCUAGGCGGAUCAGGGAACGGGAGGACGCGGCGCACAGAAGGAGGCUUGGUGGUAGGUUGGCGCUGGGUGGGCGUCCGAUUAUGAGUGGGAGGACUAUCACGAUGGAGAGGCCGCAGGUCCCGGCGGUGGUGUGGCCGGAUGCGAGGAAUAUGACGAGGGAGGAGCUGGCGGAGUAUAAUAGGAAGGCGAUUGCAGAGGACAGGGAGGAGAAUAGGAAGUGGAAUGAGGAGAGAGAUGCGAAGGCUGCGAAGGAGAAGGAGGAGAGGGAGAGGGCGGGUCAGUAG